CAUUUCCUUGUGGGUUGAAGAGGCCUAUUCUAAGGAAAAGUCUUCAAAGAAAGGAAAGGGGAAAAAGAAGCAGUAUCUGUGCCCAUCGUCAUUUUUAAAUUAUGAUUUCUUAAAUAUCAUAUUUAUAUAGAUAACAUUCUAUCCCUUCAUCAUCAUCAUCAUCAUCAUCAUCAUCAUCAUUAUUUAAAGCUUUUCCUGCCUGUAGCAGUUUCUCAGACUUGCCUUGUUUUGGUGAGCAUGACGUAUUUUGCACAAUGCCCUGCAGUUGGGAUUUGGCUGAUGUUUUCCUCAUGAUUAGUCAGCAGUCAGCAGAGGACCUGGCCCGAGUGCCCGCCAACUCCACUAGCAAUAUCUUGAACCGGCUGUUGGUCAGUUAUGACCCCAGGAUAAGACCGAAUUUCAAAGGCAUCCCUGUUGAUGUAGUUGUCAACAUUUUUAUCAACAGUUUUGGAUCCAUUCAAGAAACAACAAUGGACUACAGAGUUAACAUCUUCUUGAGACAGAAGUGGAAUGACCCCAGGCUGAAGCUCCCUAGUGACUUCAGGGGCUCAGAUGCACUGACAGUGGAUCCCACGAUGUACAAGUGUUUGUGGAAACCUGAUUUAUUCUUUGCAAAUGAGAAAAGUGCCAAUUUUCAUGAUGUAACCCAGGAAAAUAUCCUCCUCUUUAUUUUUCGGGAUGGAGAUGUCCUAGUCAGCAUGAGGUUAUCUAUUACUCUUUCAUGCCCUUUGGACUUGACAUUGUUUCCCAUGGAUACCCAGCGUUGCAAGAUGCAGCUGGAGAGCUUUGGUUAUACAACUGAUGAUUUGCGAUUUAUCUGGCAGUCAGGGGAUCCUGUUCAGUUAGAAAAAAUUGCCUUGCCUCAAUUUGAUAUUAAGAAGGAAGACAUUGAAUAUGGUAACUGUACAAAAUACUAUAAAGGCACUGGCUACUACACAUGCGUGGAAGUGAUCUUCACCCUGAGGAGGCAGGUCGGGUUCUACAUGAUGGGGGUCUACGCCCCCACCUUGCUGAUUGUGGUCCUCUCCUGGCUCUCCUUCUGGAUCAACCCGGAUGCGAGUGCUGCCAGAGUGCCCCUGGGUAUCUUCUCAGUGCUCAGCUUGGCCUCUGAGUGCACAACCCUUGCAGCUGAGCUUCCCAAAGUAUCCUACGUGAAAGCUCUUGAUGUUUGGCUCAUUGCUUGUCUUCUCUUUGGGUUUGCUUCUCUGGUGGAGUACGCUGUGGUCCAGGUGAUGUUGAACAACCCCAAGAGAGUUGAAGCAGAAAAAGCCAGAAUUGCUAAGGCUGAGCAAGCUGAUGGAAAAGGUGGAAAUGCAGCUAAAAAGAAUACUGUGAAUGGCACGGGGACGCCUGUUCAUAUCAGCACAUUGCAGGUUGGCGAGACCAGAUGCAAAAAGGUUUGUACUUCAAAGUCUGAUCUGAGAUCUAAUGACUUCAGCAUUGUUGGAAGUUUACCAAGAGAUUUUGAAUUAUCCAAUUAUGACUGCUAUGGAAAACCCAUUGAAGUCAACAAUGGACUUGGAAAAUCUCAGGCAAAGAACACCAAGAAGCCUCCCCCUGCCAAGCCUGUGAUUCCCACAGCAGCAAAGCGAAUCGACCUCUAUGCCAGAGCCUUGUUCCCCUUCUGCUUCUUGUUCUUCAAUGUUAUAUAUUGGUCUAUAUAUUUAUGAUAAAUCCAUUUGUAUGAGAUAGAAUCUCACAUCAUUGUGACCUGCCUCAUUCAUAAAUGCCAAUCAGUGAAAACAUCUGCAUUUUCAUAGCAAUAUAUUGCAUUUUGGAUGCCAUUUGAUUGUAAUAUCCACGUGGCAUCUUAACUGAAUGGCAGCAUGAUCUUGUAAUGUCUGUGCUCUAAUAAAAAUGUAUAUAUGUAUAGCAAAUAGAUUGCUUUAGGAAUAAAGAAGAAUAAACAUACUGCAUAAUAUAAAUCCAAACAGUUCUCUUCAGUUCGUGUAAACUGCAAUACUCCAGAUAAUCCUAAUAAUGAAACAGUGUGCACGCUCAAGCCUGCUAUGGUCGCCAUUCUCCUGUAUGUAGUAUUUCAGAUGUCCUUCCUUGUAACUUUCAGAGAGCUCUCUUAUUCCUGUAUAGUUUUAGAUGGUAGUAUCACAGAUUAAGUAAAGUUGUGUGACAUUUUGUUUAAGCUUUGUAAGUAAGAAUAUAUCAGUUACAAUCAUGUGGGCUCUAUGAAGAAAUAAAGUUCAAAAAAGUAUUAAUUUGUAAAAUCAGCUCAUUUUAAAGUGUGCCUGUGUUGUCAAAAUACCAGUUAAUAAAAAAAGUAAGAAUUUUUUAAACAAAGGGAAAUCUGUAGUUAGAAAAAUGCUUAGUGAGCUCUGGCUUCUGAUAAAAAUAAAUAAAGGAUAGGUCCGUAAUUAAAUAUUUAGGAUAGAAGAAAUUAAUUUAAUCCAUGUUAAAACCUAAAUAUAUUUUCAUGGAUAUCAUUUGUUGGUACAGAGUAAACAAAAUAUUGUGCCUUAAAAAGUUAUACAGAUUUUAGAUGAAUGCAGUAACAGAUAUAUGAUUUCACUUCAUUUUUAAGAAGCCAAAAGGAAAUACCCUAUUACUAGAUGUAACUUGAAUUGGGAAAAUGAUUCAUAAUCAUUCAAGAAUAUUAACUUUUUACUUGUUAAAAUGCUUACCUAUUCAAGUAAAAUUAAAAAUAUUUUCUGAACUAAUUAUUUAUUUUAAUAUUUGGGGAUAUAUUACAAAAUAUUUAAUGAUUACACAAAAAAUCAGUAUAUGUUAGACUUCACCUUUAUUUGUAUUUUCCUUCUUCUAAAAGCCUAGGCAACUGAGAUGUACUUACUUUGAUCUUGUCCCAAACUGAAAUUAGGCACUGAGUCUCAUUUUAUGGGGCCCUCCUUUUCUAAUACCACAUUCAAAGCACUAUUCUUUAUUUCAGCCAUGGCUGAAGUUAGAACUAUUAGUAACUGUCUUGGCAUAAAAUAAGACCAAAGAACCAUAUUUACAUUAUUUGAAGAGUUUUGUUACAUCUAAGAGUUUACAUGGCCAAUUCAAUGGUUAUAAAAAUAUUAUUUAUGCAAAUUUCUAUACUUAAUUCAAUGCUGUUCAGUUUAUUGAAGUCUUUAAUUUUUAGAAGUUUCUUACUGACCACAAACAUUUUAAAAUGGAUUGUAAUCCAAUUCUUUGUAGUUCUUCAGCUCCCUCUAGUUGCAAAAGCAUAACCAACUGAAUAAUUUUAAAAUGCCACAAAAUAAUCUUAUUGAUGGACUUCGAUACUUGACUAAGAUGUAUGGCAAUGACAAUUUAAUAAUACAACAGGGAUAAGGAAAGUAUUUGUCUGGAAAUAGGACUUAAGUCACUUAAAAUAGUUUUCUUCUUGUUUCUUAUAUCUUUUUCCUUGAUUUUUGCAAAUUUCAUUCACAACAGGGAGUUGGAUCUAGACAGAGAGGUUUAAUGGAAACCAUCCCAUGUUGUAAAUAAGUCUCAUUAUAUAGAAAUUUAUAAGAUAAUAUAGCCUCAAGAUGACUUUUAAUACCCAGGUAAAUAUGAAUAACAGUGAGGAUUAACUAUAGAUACAUAGCAUCAAAUGGAACAUUAGGCAGUGAUCAUAACAAGGAAGUACAAUUAAUGCCCACUGAUGCUUUGUAAUUCUAUUCUUAUAGGUUCAUUCUCUUAACUCCAAGGCAAUUCUAGUGUUUGUACUUCAAAUAUCUAUCUCCAGGAAAUUUGUGAUGUAUCUGCCUGGCAGGAGUGCUAAUACCUCAAAUUCAGUUUCUUCAAAAUAAAAAUUAUCAUCUUCUCACAAUUCAGUAGGUUUUCUUAUUUCUAUUUCUGUUAAAGACAUCAUUAAUCCAUUUACGUUUACUAAAUCUUCCUUCCUUUCCCACACAAUGUAAGAACUCUAGAUUCUCAUUCCCACACUGACCAUCUCCUGUUUCAGCUCAUACUAGCUACUAAGACUACUUUCCCAGUCUACAAUCUCGAUCCAAUAGAACUCAAUUUAAUUUUUAACUGAUUUUGUGAUGUUUAUAUUAAUUGCACAUUCAUUAUGUUGGUGUAUUAAAUGGUGUUUUUAGUGUAUCUUCAUUUAAAGUUGCUGCAGUAGAUUUUUGACUGUUCUCCUUGUUCUCCACAGAUCCCUAUUGUUUUUGUGUCUAUACAGAGUUAUUCUAGAAAUUUCCAAAUCCUAUAUAAUUUUUUUUUUGACAGGCAGAGUGAACAGUGAGAGAGAGAGAGAGAGAGAAAGGUCUUCCUUUGCCAUUGGUUCAUCCUGCAAUGGCCACCACGGCCAUUGGAUCUGAAGCCAGGAGCCAGGUACUUCUCCUGGUCUCCCAUGCGGGUGCAGGACCCAAGCACUUGGGCCAUCCUCCACUGCCUUCCCGGGCCACAGCAGAGAACUGGCCUGGAAGAGAGGCAACCAGGACAGAAUCCGGCGCCCCAACCAGGACUAGAACCCGGUGUGCUGGUGCCACAAGCGGAGGAUUAGCUUAGUGAGCCGUGAUGCUGGCCUAAAUCCUAUAUAAUUUAAACAUAAAAGAAAACAUAAUGAGAUUGAACAUAAAUAGGAUUUUACUUCAUAUAUAGUAUGACAGUUUCUUUUGUGUUUUUAUUUAGUAUGUCUUCGCAGUUUUUCCAGAUGAGGACGUAUUAGCUAUUUAUAAAUCUAACUUAUGCUCCCUGCUUCCUACCUUACUUUCUUAAUGUAACUUCUAUUCAUGUGGAAAUUUAAGUUGCUGCUUUUCCUAAUAUAAAGAAUCAUUAUAAUAAAUAGCUUUGUGCACACAUGCAAGAGUACUUCAAAAAUGCACAAAAAUGAGUUAAAAAUCUUUAGGUAUGGACAUCGUGGUGCAGUGUGUUACGCCACCAUAUGGGAUGACCACACCCCCGUCAGAUUGCCUGGGAUCAGUCCACCUCCACUUUUUUUUUUUUUUUUUUUUUGACAGGCAGAGUGGACAGUGAGAGACAGAGAAAGGUCUUCCUUUGCCAUUGGUUCACCCUCCAAUGGCUGCCGCGGCCGGCGCAUCUCGCUGAUCCAAAGCCAGGAGCCAGGUGCUUCUCCUGGUGUCCCAUGCAGGUGCAGGGCCCAAGGACUUGGGCCAUCCUCCACUGCACUCCCAGGCCACAGCAGAGAGCUGGCCUGGAAGAGGGGCACCCGGGACAGAAUCCAGCGCUCCGACCGGGACUAGAACCUGGUGUGCCAGCGCCGCUAGGCGGAGGAUUAGCCUGUUGAGCCACGGCACCGGCCCACCUCCACUUCUGAUCCUGCUUCCUGUUAAUGUGACUGGGAGAUAGCAGUAUGUGGCCCAAGUACUUGGCUUCCUGCCACCUUUGUGAGAGACCUGCCUGGGUGGAAUUCCUGGCUCUUGGCUUCUGCCUAACCCAGUCGUGGCAUGAACCAGCAGAUGGAAGAUGUCUCUCUGGCUCGCUCUCUCUUUCUCUGUCUCUAUCACUCAGCCUUUUAAAUAAAUAAAUUAAAACUUUUUAAAAAAUUAUCAAAAACAUUUUUGCAAAAAUUUUGAUACCCAUGCAUUUUUUAUCAUAUAUACAUUUUUAUGAACUUUUGAAGACCUGCAGUAUACAUGAAUAUCAUAUUUGCACUAAAAUGGAUAAUUUCAUGUUCCAUGAACAUUUUGAAAUACUCUCAUAUUUCCAUGAGGCAGAUAACAGAAGUGGAGUUGCAAAAAAUUGAAAUUUCAAAUUUUAGUAGGUUUUCUCAAAAGUUCCCUUCCAAAAGCUGGUAAUGAGGGUUUUUUAUAUAGCCCAAGCUUUUUAUUAUAGCCCAAGCUUUCAUAGUAGUCAUCUCUUAGUCUAUUUUAUGUUGUGGGCAUAUUUCUUUUUAAAAAAAAGAAAAGAAAACCUCUUUUGACACUGUUUCAGACUUUCAAUAAAGUUGAAAAAAUAUCACAAAGAAUUCUUGUGUAGCCUUCAUCCGAAUUCCCCAAAUGUCAGUAUUUUUUCUAUUGUUUUAUUGCCCCCCUGCUUUGUAGGCAUGAGACAUUUUCUUCCAAAGUGUUUAACAUCACAGACAUGAUGUCCCUUAACUUAUACAGGCUAAAGUGUGUGUUUAUUUUAGAGAACUGUGUCUGGGGCAGGGGUAUAGCAAAGCAGUAAAGUACUUUGUUUUUUACUUUGUAAAAAAGUCACAAUGUUAAGAUGUCUGUGUCCCAGAUCAGUGCCCCAGCUUCCUAAAGCAGACCCUGGGAGGCAGGAUCCUGCCACACGUGUGAAGUUCCAGAUUACAUUGCUAGCUCCUGACUUCAGCCUGGCCUGGCCCAGCCAUUGUGGGCAGCGAAGAAUGAACCAGAGGAUGGUUGCACUUUCUGUCUGUUUAUCUCUCUGACUUUCAAAUAAUAAUAAUAGUAAAAAAAUCCUUAAGGGAGGACAUUUUUCUUUGUAACCAUAGUAGUAUAAUGCAUUACUAUAAAACAAAACUGAUAAAAAAUGCUAUCAUUUAAGAGCCUAAUUCAAAUUUGCCUGUUCCAUUUGUUUUUUGUUUUGUUUUUGUAUUGAUUACUCAGGAUGCAGUCCAGGAUCAUGUUUUAUUUGUCAUUAAUUUCUGAAAAAUAAAGCAAUGAUUGUGGCAUUGUCCUGUUCAGAUAUAUGCAGUGUCUUGUGUUUUCCAAUGAGCUAAAUAAAAAAUCU